CAGCGCGCGGGACUGUAGUAUUUCGUUAGUCGUGAGAGUAGGUUGUUACUCUCCUGCCUUCCUGAGCUUUGGUGUGUGGGUGCCUGUGUUCGUUACCACAAUAAAACACUAUUGAUUAAACACCGAACACCAACGAGCCUUGAGUAUCUUGGCAAACACAUAAGAGCACUCGGCCCCUUCAACGCCCUGUGUGUGUUAGCCCAACCAGACAUCUUCACGUUUUAUUCUUAAGCUUCGGUGUACGAGUGCGUGUGUUUGUUACUGCAAUAAAACACUAUAGAACAAACACCAAACACCAACGGGACUUAAAUACAGUGGCAAACAGAUAAGAGCACUCGGCCCCUUCAACGCCCCAACUUGUUAUCAUCUCGUUGUAUUCGUGUUAUGGUCCUUGUCAUCGUGAGGUCAGGCUGUUAGUGGGUUGUUGAUGACCCCCACCGGCGGCGAGGGCAGCGAGGACGACGACCACUCCGGGGUGGCAAGAACCAACGCCGGGGAGAGAAAAUAACACCCUCCUUACCUCCCAUAUCUCCCUCCCCCGUUCCCUCCCUCCCCUCCCUCCCCUGGCUCGUCCCUAACCAUGAAAGCCUGGUGUUGAGUCAUGGCCGCCACCACCCCCCUGAUAGCCAUGGGUCACCUCGGCCUGGCGUGCGGCGGUGAGGGCGUGGACCCGAUGUUGGACGACCAUCCCCUCUACCUGGAAAGCUUCUCACGCCUGCACUAUGAGCUCAUGACGGGCGACGGGCCGCUGCCCCUGCCCCUGCGCCGGUACAUUGCCAUGAUGGCCGCAUGUCGCCACGAGUGCACGUACCUGGUGGAGGAGCAGCGCGCGGCCUUCCUGGAGGUGGGCGGCCCCCCGGAGUGGCUGGAGGGGCUGCAGCACGCGCCCAAGAAGCUGCGGGAUCUGCACACCUCGAACCUACUGCUGGCACACCGACCCUGGAUGUUCGACAGCCAGCACGUGCAGAAGCUCCUCAAGAACAGCUGGUCAGUGAGUGAGUUGACCCAUGCCGUCUGCAUCAUGGCCCAGUUCCACGCCCUCGCCUCCUUCAUCAUUGGGACAGGCGUGGAGGCAGCUUCCGGGGACAUCACGCCCUUACCCUCACUCUAUGUACAGGGGUGCCAGUCCGGGUCGCCCAACAGUCAGGAACUCAGCGAGGGCGGCGUGGACAUCCUGCUGGAGCGCAUGAGGACACUGUCGGUGGCGCAGCAGGACAACUGUGUGUCCGAGGAGAAGACCAGGAAGAGUUUUGAGAAGCUCCGCAAGCAGACAGCCACCAUCUCCACCCCCGACGUGGAAUGUCCCACCACGGGUGGCGGCCGCUACUCACACCUCUCACCAGACACAGACUUCAUGUACACAGACUUCAGCAAACGCGGCGAGAAGACGGCCGUGCCCACCAUCAAGUCACAGGACUGUUCAUGGGAGGAGCACGGGUUCUCGCUGGUCAGUGAGCUCUACAACAAUGUGGCGGACCUCCUUGACGACAAGUUCAAGACGGCGUACAGCCUCACCUAUUUCACCUGCGGCCACGAGACCCACGUGGACACCUUCCCCUUCAGGCGCGGCGUGUGGAACUACCUGCACUGCCUCUACGGGAUAAGACACGACGACUACGACUACAGCCAGAUCAACCAGCUGCUGGAGAGGAACCUGAAGAUGUUCCUCAAGACGGUUGCCUGCUACCCCGAGAGGCUGAGCUGCACCGACCCAAACCUGGCUAUCAUGAAGGGCUUCCAGCAGAGCGAGAAGAUCCACGUGAUGAUCUUGGUGCUGGAGGCCAGGCUACAGGCAGAGCUGCUCCACGCCCUGAGAGCCCUGGGACACUGCCUCAUGUAGCCGCCAGACACAGGGGCAAGGCAGGAGGGAAGGAGAAAAGAAGUCUGCCGUGUGAGGUGUGAGCUGGGAGGUGCUUUCGUACUGCUCUUGUAUUGUUUUUGUAUAUCUCUGGGCCCCCUCCAAGUGUGUGUGUGUGUGUGUGUGUGUGUGUGUGUGUGUGUGUGUGUGUGCUUUGGGGGCUUAUCACUCACUUUCUGAGAUUAUAUUUGUGUGUGUGUGUGUGUGUGUGUGUGUGUGUGUGUGUGUGUGUGUGUGUGUGUGGAAGAGAGUUCAGGGAAAGUCUUCUAAUCUGAUAUCUCGGUCUUCUUUCCUGCAUUUUAUUUGCCAAUUUUAAUUUAUAUUUUUUUCAAUGUCCAGACGAUUUAUUUUAUUAUAUAUUUUUUUCUCCGUCGCCAACUCCUCGACUGACUAACUCCAUCGCUGCCCCGACAUCUCGAGUCUUGGCUCAAAAUACGAACACGCACACUUGUCUUAUGUAUGUAUGUAUAUAUGUGUGUGUGUAUGAAUGUAUGUAUGUGUGUUUUAGAAAAAUACAUAUUCUUGACACCUUUCCCUUUUGAUUGUGUGUGUGUGUGUGUGUGUGUGUGUGUGUGUGUGUGUGUGUGUGUGUGUUUGAGACACUUCACUUUAAACAUUCAUUAGUUUUUCUGUUUUCAGUUGAUAAUUUCUCAGUCGUCACAACAUUAUAGAUUACCAAUGCCGAGGGACAGUCUGAGUGGUCUUUGCGGCAACACUCGGCUUUGUUUCAGCAUAAAUACUUUACUUCAAACUCACUUGUGACUUGUCUUACUCUGUAUCUGUGUUUUUCUUUUUCUUCUCUUUCUGUUCACGUCACUUUUCAUCUGGUCUGAAGUGUGCCAAAUGUUGCCUGUAUUAAGUAUUAUAUCUGCUGUGUGUUCUAUUUCGUUUUGCCAAAAAUAUGUAUUGUGUGUGUGUGUGUGUGUGUGUGUGUGUGUGUAUG